AAAUGCCACUACACAACGCUAAACAAUACAUUGAUUGCACUAUAACAGUGGCAAGCGGUACCUACAAACUGUUAGGGCCUACAUAAAGCUGUCCCAACAGCAGAGCUUUCUUUCCAGCACCAUGGAGUGAAUCCUUACCACCACUACCCCUGGCUAUCAGCGGAGCCUUGUCUGGCAGCGAAACAAUUCAUCCUGCCUUGUUUACUGCCUUUUUUUUAAACAGCUGAUAUGGCUGACCAUAUCUCCCUGCAUAUUACAUCAUUUAUGCAGCAGCUUAUAAGACAUUUUUGGACUCACCUUGUGUGCGGCGGUCCUUCGCUUGCAAAUUUUGUCAUCGAAGGAAGAGAGAUUUACAAUUCUGAGUCAGAUGACAAAGCGUAUUUUCCCAGUCUGACUUCCCAGUUGCAAUGCUUGCGGUUUGCCACUGUCACCGAUUCCUUCCUAACAACUCAUUGUUGAAUUUGCGAUGGCUGAUGAGCACCGAUAUGUUUUUAUCUAUAAUUUCUCAUUAUUUCUCUUCAUAUGACAAAGAUUAAAAAGGAUUUGCCAGUAGAUUGUCUACUUGAUUUAUGAUAACUGCAAGCUAAGCUUUUGAAAGUAAGAUGUUGACAUGAUCAGUCCAAUCAAAGCUACUGUAGAUAUGUGAUUUGACGUCAUUUUAUCUGUGGCCAAUGACCUUCUUGGAAGGCCACUUCUAAUCUAAGUCUAUGGCUGAACCCAAUGGGCUCACAUUUUUUAUAUCUACCCUUACUAAAGGUGGGUUAAGUAGUGUCCACAUGGUGACAGAACACUGAGCCAAUCACGGUGCAAUGCUCCUAUUUUCUGCUGGCCUGCCCCAGCACAAACAGCGCUGAGUUAGACUGAAACACCUGCAUUUUGGAGCUGCCUGUUUUGUACGUGGCUUUACUAACUUUUUUUUAACGUUGUCUGCAAACUGAUAUGUGACACGUAUUAAUUCCAAAAUAACAUGCAGAACAGGCAAGCCCCCCCCCCCCCACACACAUUUAUUUUUUUGCAAAAAAUGUGGGUCUCAAAAUCUGGGUUUUGGUCGCUUAAUCAUUAUGAAAAGAGCGAUGGUACGAUUCAAAUGCUGGAAUUGUCUCUGGGACCAGGAUGACGAGACUCUCUGUGACCUGACAGAGAAAAGGAGCAGAAGAGGCUUUGAGGGUUAUGUGCCACUCAUAUUACUGAGCAAUACCAUAUCUGGACAUCAUGGAGCUUGUAGUGGCCAAGGUCCUUUGCCUUCUGGGAGUAUUUGCCCUCAUGUUGGCUGGAAUUCUUGUCCCAGUGCGCCUAAUGAUGCAGGUGGAUUAUGAAAAAGCCCAAAACUACAGGAAGGCUCUUGCACUCUGCAAUUCUUUUGGGGGUGGUGUAUUUCUGGCCACUUGCUUCAAUGCUCUUUUGCCAGCAGUAAGAAACAAGGUGGAUGAGGUCCUAAAGCUGGUGAAUAUAACCACAGACUACCCCCUGGCAGAGACCAUGAUGAUGCUGGGCUUCUUCCUCACCGUCUUUGUGGAGCAGGCAGUGCUCACCUUCAAGAAGGAGAAGCCAUCUUUCAUCAACCUGGAGACCUUUAACGCAGGGGUCUCCGAGGCUGGGAGUGACUCUGAGUAUGACACUCCAUUCAUUUCACCCACCCGGGGCUCCGCUGUGGGCCACCACCAUGGGCAUCACCACGGACACCUCAGCCCCACUGAGCUGGCCAGAGCUGGGCCUCUGCGGCUGGCCAGCCUGGUCCUGGCUCUUUCUGCCCAUUCUGUGUUCGAGGGGCUGGCCCUGGGCCUCCAGGAGGACGGGGCCAAGCUGGGAAGUCUCUUCCUGGGGGUGGGCAUCCAUGAGACCCUGGCUGCUGUAGCUCUGGGGGUGAGUGUGGCCAAAGCUGCUUUGCCCAUGAGGGAUGCCAUCAAACUGGGUGUGAUGGUCAGCCUCAUGAUACCCAUUGGCAUCGGACUGGGCAUGGGCAUCAAUAGUGCCCAGAACCUGGCAGGCAGUAUUGCCUCUGUGGUGCUCCAAGGCCUGGCUGCUGGUACUUUCCUCUUUGUCACCUUCUUUGAGAUCCUGUCUCGGGAGCUGGAGGAUAAACAUGACAGACUGCUGAAGGUGCUCUUUCUCAUACUGGGCUAUGGGGUACUAGCAGGCCUAAUGUUCAUCAAGUGGUGAUGGGCAGAAGAGGCCUUUUUAAUGCACUGAGAUGUCUAUGAGUAUCUUACUGGCCACACUUUGCAUUGUGUGCACACCUGCACUACCACAGUAAACUUUUUUUGUUUUGAUAAAGGGGUAAGGUAAAUCAAGUUUAAUAGUUUUUUUUUCUUUGCAUUUAAACGGGGACAUGUUUGCUUACUAAGUAAGGCUACGUUACUGUUUUAGUUUCUGCCAUAGUGAAUACUCCCAUGUUCCUGCCAUUGAGUAGCAAUAGUAAAGUCAGUCACUUUGACAGUAUGCUUUUGCAUGUGUUGCCAGACACAUGAUUACAUCUCAUGUAGAGAUAUCAGGAAAAGUACUCUAUAGCAUUUCAAGUAAAGACACUGUUGUCUUAUUGGCAUUUUGCAAGAUGAGUGAAGUGAUAUACAACUUUAUGUUAUAAGUAGGUUAACUACUGUAUCCCUAAUCAAAUAUAAGAACCAGUUCCCUGGAAAGCUUUUGAGUAGCCUGUUGUAUGGUCCUGAUAUCUAUCGUCCGAGAUGAAAUCCAUGGUCUACUUUUAAUUUUUUUUUGUUAUUUUAAACAUUAUACAUUUUAACAGGGAGUCACAUUGAGAACCAUGUAUCUUUUUAUAAAUGAUGUACAGGUUUUAUGGGUAGUAGAAGGUCUAUUAUAUUUCAUAUUUUGUUUUAAUGAUUAUGAAGGAUGGGAAGACCAAUGUGGUCUCUACUGUACAUUGUUGUCACAUUUGUGUUGUUUGCAAAUAAUGGGAUCCCUGUGACUGAAACCUUCAGACUUGGAGCUCUUGUUUGUAUUAUGUGUUAGGUGUCUUUACCACAGUUCGCUAUGACAGAUACAUUUUAUACAGCUUCUUAGAUGUAAUUUAGCCAUUUUCAACUAAACACUCCUAUUGCAAAUACUGCCCAGGAGUAUCCUUGUUUGUUUCAUAUAUUUGUUUUCUCCUAAUGUGAAUGUGUAGAACUUGUUUUGCAGAUGCCACUUACUGAAGGAAGCCUACAGAUAAAGGUACAUUUAUCAAGUUCAGAACUUGCUGCACUCUCUAAAAUCUACAUAAGAUCAAUUCAAUUGUUGUUGGUCACAUACACAUAUUUAGCAGAUGUUAUUGCGGGUGUAGCAAAAUGCUUGUGAUUAUAUAAACAUAUAGUAGGCUAGGUCAGUUUGAAUUUGUUCAUGUCAAUUUUUGCUUUUAGGGACUUUAAACAAAAGGAAACAUUAAUUGCUAUUUUAAUGCUGUAUUCCAAAAUAAAUUGUACUGCUAAAUUAUUCAGUGGCAACCAGAUUUCCUUAUAUAAUGAGCAGUGGAAAUGCACAUAAGUUAUGACUUGUAUUGCAACAUGGUAAUGGUUUAAUAAACUACUUUAUGUUAGAUGAAA